AUGACGUCUAUGGCGCCGCAGGGUUGGGCGCAAGGGGGCGGCGACCGUUGGUACCCACAACAACAACAGCCUCAGCCUCAGCCUCAGCCGCAACUCCCGAUGCAACCGCAGAUGCAACCACAGAUGACUGUUGGGCCGCAGUGGCAAUCGAUGAAUGGGGCACCGCCUUCCAUGGGGUUCCACCCGUCAUAUCCGCGUUCAUACAUCACGCCCCAGUCGCCUCAAAUGCAACCGUCAACACCCCCGCAAACACCUCCACAAACACCAUCAUACAAUCUACAGCCACCACAGAUGUAUCCACAGCCGCCAAUGGGUCAACCGCCGUUCUGGGGGGUGCCGCCGUACCAGCAAGGGUACGCACAACAAGGCUGUUGUGAUCAAAUGUGUUAUACCAUUCCCGGUCAGCCUGGACCAUGUGAUGGGUGUGGAGGUCAGGCGGUGGGUAGUGGUUGUUGUUGCUGCAACAAUGGACCAAUGGACCCUUACUGUUGUGGACAACCAACGACGCCUGGUUGUAUGGACUGCCUGACAUCUCACUGUGAAUAUACAUAUUGUGUUAUGAUCUUUUUUACCAUACUCAGCGCGGUGGGUUUUAUUGUUGUGCUUGUAUAUGCAGACGAUGACAACCUUUUUAAAAGAUUUCGUGCUAACAACACGAUUGGGUUGCAGGAAUCCAUAAGGGAACAUAUUAUUAUAAGUACUAGUUGCGAGGCUAACAAAUUAAUUGGUCUCGCCGGCCGUGUGUGCAUGGAAGGUAACCUCAAUGCAAACACGUUUGUCGUUCAACUCAGCGAAUGGAAUAUACAGAGAUACACUCUUUACUUUAUUGCCAUGUUAUUUUCCAUUGUAACACUCGUGUAUGCGACAAUUGUGCAUUUUCAGCGUCAGAAAGUUGAGAGAGAACCCAAAGCUGUUUGGCCCUCUCAACAACAACAGCAGACAGGCAAGCAAAGACCUGAAAAUACUGCUCAGGAUGCGGCACAUGGGGCCAAUGCAAAGGAGCAACAACAACAAAAACAACAACAACAACAACAACAACAACAACAGCAGCAGCAGCAACAACAACAACAACAACAACCCUUAUCACCUUCCAUUAAUAGGCCCAUUGAAGUUUACGGCACGCCUUUUUACGAAUUUAUGCGUAUUGCGUGGUUUGUAAUGGGUGUGGCAGUUGUCUUUUGGGUGGCUAAUCUAUUGUACUCCUUCUGGGCCUUUUAUUCAUUUUAUCAUCGCUCCACAACAGGACCGCUGCGGAAGUUUUUUGAAGAAUACAAUACCCGUUUCAGUGCCUCUGUCAUUUGUGUCGGGAUUUACCUUGCAUGGCCUAUUGUAAACAUCUUUGUGGAACUGGUCUUGUGGAUAGUCUUUUUUUUGCCAUGGCUUAUAUUCCGGACAUUAUUUAAACCUGGUAUUGGAAAACUACGACCGGCACUUCCACUUGAUAAAAUGCCUGGAUGUAUUCGUUGCGACAUGUUUUUUAUGGACUUUAAUGAAGUUCAACGGGCCGGCUUCUCGGAACCCGCUUGGAAGCUCAUAACAGGCAGCACCACGCCACUCUUCCCAUGUUGUGAGGACCCUGCCGUUGAUAGGGAUCCCACAAUGGCGGCGUGGCAUCAAUACCAGUAUGAGUGGUACAUGCGCAUGCAGGGGGCGUACCCGGUACCUGGAAUGCAAGCCAUCGGUCCGCAAAUGUUGCCGUCUCCCACGACAUCGGUCUCUGUGGAUAUGCGGGAGGGUGAAUCAAGACAUCGAACACGCAGCGGCAGCGCACGACACCACCGUCGCCAUCACAGGAAUGAAGCCGGUGGUGCGGCGGACGAAAGCGCCACUAGUCCAGCGGGGGGCAGCAGCCCACGGCGGGCCUCGGGUGCGCAGACUCAAGACGUUGAGGAGGGCAGACACAGACGACGGCGUCACAGCAGAUCAAAAAGAGGUGAAGAAGACGGCGGGGAAACGAAUGGCGGAGCUGUGGAAGGCCGACACAGACGCCACCGCCGCCACAGUCGUGGUGAAGGCGACCAAAGCAACACCAUGACCGGUGUUACCGCAGAGCGGAGCACUCAAAAGCAUAACGCGGACUUGGACCGAAUGUUGGAAGAGCUAUAG